UGAGGCGCAGCAUUUCUUUUGCCUGGUGCGCAGAUUAUGCUUUUCCUGUCAUCUUCCAGAAUCAGUUGCUUUGUUGAACACACCAUGGAAAAGAAACAGAGGGGCAGCAUACUUUUUACAGCAAGGCUUCCUCACACAGUGACAUUUCCAAGGUACAGUGACAAGCUCACAGGCUGAAGAAUGAAUCAAAGGCAAUCCCUACAGUCAGCUUUUGGACUUUUACCAGAAUCAAGGAGAGCUACACUCUUAAGGUCAGCUAUUCAAAAUUAGCUAGAAGUAUCUGGAGUUAUUUGGAGCAGUUAAUCAGCUUUCUGUUUGACCUUUAUUUAUCAAGUUAGUUCUCAAAGGAUCAAGCUAAAAUCUGAAUAUUUGUGUCAAAUAUGUUGCAUGUGUCAAAUGUACUGCAAUAGACAGUGACCACCUGGCCGCUUUCUUGCUCAAAGUUUGCAGUUUUAAUUGCAAAGCCUCUUUUACCUUGCAGCUGAAGAUCCUGACACACCAACUCUGUUAGUGAGGAAUGGAUGUAUACAGCUUCCAGUUUUAUCUCUGAUUUUGAACAGGAGAUGCAAUACGUAGAUGUGCCAGAUUUGGUUUUGAACAAAUUUUCAAACUAGUCUGGAUUUUCUGACAUCUUGUUAAAUGGGGAAGUAAUUACCCUAUAGACUAUGACAACAGGAUAUGUGAAUGAAGGAAGUCUUGGAAAAUACCGCAGUUCCAGGUGGCAUCACGAGGACAGCAGAGAAGACGAUGGGCACUCGGAGUGCCAUGGAGGAGAUGAAGAGGGCCAGCAGCACAGGCUGACCCCAUUUGAAAAACUAAUGCAGGAUAUGUCUCAUAAUGAAAAAGUGGUGAAAGAAUUAACCCUCGGAAAGAGAAUUGCCUUCUAUCGAGUCAGAGGAGAAAUAGGAAGUGGGAAUUUCUCACAAGUGAAGCUUGGAAUUCAUUCCCUAACCAAAGAGAAAGUUGCAAUAAAGAUUUUGGACAAGACAAAGCUAGACCGGAAGACUCAACGUUUGCUGUCUCGUGAGAUAUCCAGCAUGGAAAAGCUGCACCACCCAAAUAUCAUCAGGCUGUAUGAAGUGGUGGAGACACUCUCAAAACUGCACCUGGUGAUGGAGUACGCAGGAGGUGGGGAGCUCUUCACUAAAAUUAGUACAGAAGGAAAGCUGCUAGAAACAGAGUGUAAAAUAAUCUUCUCCCAGAUUGUGUCUGCUGUGAAGCACAUGCAUGACAAUAAUAUCAUUCACCGGGACCUGAAAGCAGAAAACGUCUUCUAUACCAGUAACACCUGUGUUAAGGUGGGAGACUUUGGAUUCAGCACAGUAAGUAGAAGAGAUGAAACUUUAAAAACUUUCUGUGGCUCUCCUCCUUACGCUGCUCCUGAACUCUUCCGAGAUGAAAACUAUAUUGGCAUUUAUGUAGACAUCUGGGCACUGGGAAUCCUCUUAUACUUCAUGAUGACAGGCAGCAUGCCAUUCCGGGCAGAUACAGUAGGGAAACUGAAAAAGUGCAUUCUUGAAGGGACAUACACUUUGCCUCCCUGCCUCUCAGAAAAUUGCCAGAAACUGAUAAAAGGAGUCCUUCAGCCAGUACCAACCAAGCGAUACUCUGUCAAACUGAUUAUGAACAGUGAGUGGAUGCAAGGAAUACAGUUCCCCAAACCUUUACAGACAUUUAAACUGGAUCCAAAGUAUUUAUCAGACAUCAGCACACUCAAAGAAGAAGAAAUGGAAGUGAAAAAUAUUCUGGAAGAUCUGGGAAUCACAGAGCAGCACAUUCAAAACAACCAGGGAAGAGACGCACGCAGCUCCAUAACGGGGGUCUACAGAAUUGUGCUGCACAGAGUACAGAAGAAAAGGGCACUGGAAUCUGUUCCCAUCAUGUCCCAGCCAGAUCCAAAAGAAGAAGAUUCGAGGAACGGAAUCACUUCUUAUAGUGGCAUUAAACACACAUCCAAGCUGUGUUCUAUUUUAUAA